AUGUCUUCAUCCAAGGUAAAGGCAGGAGGCCUUUGGGGCAAGAGCAAGGAUGAUCUGAAGAAACAGCUCGUCGAUUUGAAGACCGAGCUUGGUCAACUUCGCACACAAAAGAUCACUGGUGGCGCGCAAUCAAAGCUCAAUAAAAUCCACGACAUCCGCAAAUCAAUCGCUCGUGUCCUCACAAUCAUCAACCACAACCAGCGCUCACAACUCCGCCUAUUCUAUGCGAAGAAGAAAUACUUGCCGUUGGAUUUGCGGCCGAAGCAGACUCGUGCUAUUCGAAGGAGGCUGACCAAGCAUGAAGCAACAAGAGUGACAGAGAAGCAGAAGAAGAGGCAGACGCAUUUUCCACAGAGGAAGUAUGCUGUGAAAGCAUGA